AGAAGCAACGAUUCUCAUCGGGAACCGGCCCCGUCAGCCCCCAGCCCCCAGCCCCGGGACAUCCCGGCAAUCCGGGCAAUCCGGUACCUCACAGCCGGCAACAGCUGCGAAACAGACCGGCAAUCUGAGAUCACCAUGGAAACCGUCAGCCCCGGGACACAGAAUUAAAUUGGAGCUUGAAUAUUGCACAACACCACUGCAUGGAGUGUACAGAGAGCUGCUUCAACUGAGGAAGAAUUUGAAAAAAGAAGUUAAACAUUUGGUUCUGAAAUUAUUCCAUUGGAGAAUUUACCAGGUUGCAGCUACGUUCGGAACUGGAAGUGUUUGACAGCUAAUGGAAGGAAAAACACAGGGAAAAUCUACUUCUGUUUCGAGAUUGCCCAAGUUUGGUGGUGGAACUUCUAAACUAAGUGAGACUCUUCCCCAGGUUGUAGCAAAUGGAGCCUGUGUUCGCAGUGCCAAUGCUUCUAGCACUUCAAAAGUUGGUGACAAGCAAAAUGGGGCUGGCUGUGUUGGCAGCUUUUCUUUCAAUUGGAAAAGAUCUGUUAAAACGAAACCAAGUGGACAAGAUGCAAAAGACUCAGCUAGUUCUUACCCUUGUACUUUUACAAAUGAAGAACUUGGUAAAAUGGAGAGAAACUCUUAUUCUACGGCUCCUAUUAUUAAAGAUCACACAAACCUGGGCUUUAAGAGUAAAACUACCACAGCAUCUAGGCCUCAAAAGCAACAGCAGAUUAUACCUUAUGAAAACAAAAGCAAAAUCCUCGUAGCCGGAUUAAAUAAUUCCAUGAAAGGAAAUCGUGGGAAAAUGUUGGGAAAGCCAUUCACAUCCUCACAAAUUGCACGGUCCCAUUCAGUUGGCCAGUUUCAUAAAACAACAGUUGCAAAGAUGUCUGAACAAGAAGGGACUUUCUCUGGAUCAAGCAGUUCAAAAGAUAGUCUUAGCCAAUCUACAGAGAGUUUGAAGAACUUGUCAGAUGAGAACAUUGUAAGAUCACAGAGCUUUUCUUAUUCCAUACAAAAUAACUCUUGUGGUACUGAUGUAAUACCAAGAUCUUUGUCCUUUUCAAAGGCUGUGGAUAGAUCUUGUCUGACACAGCAAACGAGAUUGGGUCUGCCGUUGAAAUCCAGUGUUCUUCGCUAUGGCAAUACGAAGAGUACCAAUAGCUCAAGCACAAGUGAAUUACUCUGUAAACGUACUUCCAGUAGACCAUGUCUAAAAGCACCAUCAUCUGCCUUCAAAAAAUCUUUGCUUCCUCCUAGUUGCUCCACAGCUCCAUUUUAUGCUUCUACCUCUGCCUCCAAGUUCACACGAUCUUCGUUGAUGAAGUGUAGUAGGCUAGUCUCUUCAGGAUCAGGAAGUAAUGUAAAUUCAAUGUCUGAGACCAGAGAAGAAGUCCCUGGGACUCAAACAGUCGGUGAAAGCAGUUUAAAUAAUGAAAAUGUAAAUAGUGAACAUGCUGCUGAGAAUGUAUUAAGUGUUAGUACUGUAGAUGAGAGCACUGUACCUGGAAGUAAUGAAGAACUUGAAUCUGCGUCUGGAAAAAGUACUGAUAAUCCAGAACUGACCAUUUCAAUUGACUCCAGUUGUGAUAUAAAUGAAGAUAAAAGUGAACAUUUACCUAAUUCAGGUACUGAGUCUAUUGAAAUUGUGGACAGUGACAACUCUAUUUCUGCAGAAAUUCCUGAUGAUCUUUAUAAUCCUAAUGAGGCCAUGUCUUCAGCCGGAAUAGAGGAAGCCCUACUUGCUGCAUAUACAGGCACGGAUUGGAUAGAGACCGGCUUGUCUGACCAGUGUAAAGAUUUGGCGAGUUCCCAGGCCACGGCAUCAGAUAAUGAUCUUAUGUCUCCAGAUGCCAACUACGCAAUGGGUUCCUCCUUUGAGCUUUCUCCUUCCAGUAGCUCUGCCGGGACGUACAUGUGGGAUGAAGAGGGCAUGGAGGCACUUGGUACCGUUCAGCAGUGUGGCAGCCUUGAAUCUUCGGAGAUGAACAGCCUGGAUAUUUUGAAUAACCUGGAAUCAGGUGAUCUGGAUGAAGAUGAUCUCAUGUUGGAUGUUGAUCUGCCUGAGGAUACUCCUUGCAAGCUGGAGGCAUGUGAAAGUAUGGCUCAUCUGGAACGAUCAGAGAGAGGAACGAGGAGCCAAGGAUUCUGGAGGAAAAGAUAUCCACGUUGGAAUGGACAGGAGCAGUACCACAGCGAAACACAAAGGAGUCCUGCUUCCCAAGAGCUUCCAGUGGGCCACUUUGAUUGGCAUGCGGCUGCAAGUUACUGCCGACCUCCUAGUGGUCACGUGAGAUCGUCUCGGCCUCUGACUGAGAACACUGUGAUGCUGGAUGUGCUGACGCUGCGGCACAUGGUGCAUGACUGCACCUCUGUCAAAACCCAGAUACUGAAAUUGAAGCGAUUGCUGCAACAGAAUGACGACAGCUCCCCAGUAAUAUCACCAAUGCAAGAACAAGCUGAGGCCAUAAACUCUACAGAUAAGACUGAUGAGCUACUUGGUGAGAUCCAAGGGCUACAGGAAGAAAUGAAGAGAAAGGAUCAGAUGAUCGAACAACUGCAACAGCAGCUGAGCACCAGAUGUAAUUGCCAGAAAGGAAAUUCUGAAACACAAGGACCAGCUUUUUCAAAUGCUGACAAAACCACCCAAACAGUCAAUAAAGGAACUUCUCCUCCAGUACUACAGCCUUCCAACCACAUAUGCAGCUCCAAAGAACAAGACACUGGAAAAGUAACAAAGCCAGUCCAUAUCGAGGACCCCAGUAAGUGUACAGAGAGUGUGAAUUGUGAGAGUUACUGCCAAACCAACCAAAAUGCAAACGCUGCUGUUUCCUUAGAAACAUCUUCAGACAAACCCAGCUUCCAUCAAUCCAUCCCACAAAAGACAGGAGACUGUAAUGACAGGCCUGCCCAAGAGCAGCCAGGAUGGAAGAAGGUCAGACAAAAUUCAAAUGUUGCACCAAAAGAACAUGACCAUAAUCUGGUUUCAGUGCAGCAGACCCGUUUACGGAGCACUUCAGUAUUUACAGAAGAAUCCAGAAAUAAAGACUUUCGGCCCAGGUUCGCUUUUAGACAGUGCAUACCUUCCAAGAAUCCGAGUGUCAAAUCCAAGACUCAGACUUCAACAGUGAAGUCUUCUCAACUUUCCAAAUCCAGAAAGAAUGCUGGUGCAGUCUCUCACCCCGAGAUUUUCAUUGGAGAAUGUCCAGUUCAACUCUCAACAAGAGAUCAAAAGGAAUCAGAAUGUCAACUCCCCCUACCAGUACACAUCAACCUAACAACACCGAGAAAUGAACAGCAAAACAGAAAAGCUGAACUUCCACCAUCCCUAUCUGCCCCACUGCUGAGCAGUAAGACAACAAAUUCUCAGCCACUCGUCAGGGAGAAUCAGCACGGUGAACCCGACAAACACAGGGACGAAUCCCAUUUGGGGAUCUUACCAUUCAACAAGCUACAGAGAAAGCAGCCGCUUCUAGAAGACGGUUCACGAAAGGUUCAGAGUUAUGAUUCCCAUCCUGAGAAAUCUGCCAGCUCUUUCCGGCAUUCCCGCCUUCCUCAACCAAAGAUGCAUGUUUCCGGCUUCUCAAACAGAAACUCCCAGUGUUGACUGAAGCCUUGCAUUAAACAUUUCUGUUGCAGUUUACAUUGCAGGAGAAGGUUUAGACUUUAAUUUUGAACCUGGAAACUGUUGACUUUGGUAUAAUUUACUGAACUCACUGUUGACUUAACUCUUAGAAACAGCUCCUGCUGACCUGAUUGAUGCAAUGUCAAAGACUUGGGCAUUUAAUGACCCUCAAGACAGUUUAUAUUUCCAGUUUGUGGCCUUUUGUUUUCUCUGUGAUAGUACAAAGUCACAGGUGUGGGAAGUUUGGAUGAGAAGCAGGGGUGGUUUGGCCGGGGAUGGAUGGGAAAUAGCAGAAUAGCUUACUGUACAGCAGUUUAUGAAUCUGUAAUGACCUGGACAUGAAUCAUUUAGGUGUAAAG